GACGGGUGUGGGUCGCUUUGCAACAAUACCUUGGCCACUAUGAAUCCUAUCAUUUCUUCUUGUCCAGGUGAAAGUUGCUGCAAAAAACCCAUUCCAAGCAGACCUAUUAAUCUGUUUGAUGUGAAGGUCUCACACUUGGACACCUCUGGAGCAUCCAAUUCCUGCGGCGUAGCUUUCCUUGCAGAUAGAGACUUCUCUUAGUUCAACCAGUUUAACGUAUCCAGUAGUCAGGAAGAGCUCAAUUCUGCUCGCUACCGUAUUCCAGUAGUGCUCGAUUGGGUGGUAGAAAACUUCACAUGUGAAGAAGCUCGCAAAGGAAAAUCUGUGGAGUAUACAUGCGGCAAGAACGCAUACUGUGUUGACUCCGUUGAUGGCCCAGGAUACCAUUGUCGUUGCUUAGAAGGCUUCCAAGGGAAUCCUUACCUGCAUCGUGGAUGCAAAGGAAAUAAACCAAGGACUUCCGUCUUUGUGAUGCUAAUUUCAGGUAUUGGUAUAGCAUUGACUUUGAUAACUCUGAUUGCUAUCGGUCUCUGGUUGUACACCCAAUUUGUGAAAAGACAGCAAAUCCGACUAAAACAUAAGUUUUUCAAGAAAAAUGGCGGUUUAUUACAACAACAAAUCUCUUCACAUGACUGUAGUGUUGAAAAGAUCAAAAUCUUUAGUAUUGAAGAACUAGAAAGGGCAACAGAUAACUUCAAUGAAAGUCGAAUCCUUGGCAAUGAUGGCUUUGGUACAGUCUACAAAGGGAUGCUAUCGGAUGGGAAAAUAGUAGCCAUAAAGAAAUCCAAAAUAGUGGAUGAAAGCCAAAUUGAUCAAUUCAUUAAUGAAGUAGUCAUUCUUGCACAAAUUAACCAUAGAAACAUAGUGAAGUUGUUAGGUUGUUGCCUAGAAACAGAAGUACCCUUACUGGUUUAUGAGUUUGUCUUAAACGAAACCCUCUCCUACCAUCUCCAUGCCGAGGAUCAAGCAUCGUCUCUUUCAUGGGAAAAUCGCUUAAGAAUUGCUGCAGAAAUCGCUGGAGCACUUGCCUACUUGCACUCUGCUGCUUCUAAUCCAAUCUUUCAUCGAGACAUCAAGUCUACCAAUAUCCUCUUAGAUGAAAACUAUAGGGCUAAGGUUGCUGACUUUGGAAUUUCAAGGACUGUACCCUUUGAGAAAACUCACUUAACUACACUUGUGCAAGGAACCUUUGGCUACUUGGAUCCAGAGUAUUUUCAUUCCUGUCAAUUUACAGAGAAAAGCGAUGUUUAUAGUUUUGGAGUGGUUCUUCUAGAGAUCUUGACUGGACAAAAGGCCAUUUUUUUUAGUGGUAAUUAUCAAGAGGAGAAAAGUCUAACUAUGCAUUUCGCAUCAUCGAUGAAGGAGAAUCGUUUAUUUGAAGUUUUGGAAGCUCGAGUUCUUAAGGAAGGGCAUGGGGAGCAGCUUUUGGCUAUUUCCAAACUUGCAAAGAAAUGUGUGAAAGUGAAUGGAAAGAAAAGGCCGGCCAUGAAAGAAGUAGCUGCAAUUCUUGAAGGAUUAAGACGCUUUCAGAGACAUCGAUCCAGCUUGGUGACAUGUGUAAACCAGGACAAGUGCUUGAUAUUUGAAGAAGAUACAUUUAGCUACCCAAUUACUGAAACAGGAUCCAUUUGCGAUUCUGGGAAUACUGGUUCAGCAAUUGCUGGUGUUCGAUCGUGA